AGCGCUCCGUCUCUCCGCGGUGGAUUUAUACCUGCAGCGGCGCGAGCUGGACCAGGAUUUUGCCGGCGGUUCGGUCCGGUUCUGUGGAUCUAAACGGACUGUUGUGGAUUAAUGAGACUGAACGAGUUCGGACCGAGUCUGUUCCGGUCUGAGGAGAUCCGGACACACAGAGAUCUAUAAUCCCAGGAAUUACUCUGGACCGGAACAUUUGGACUCUGGACUUCUUCUUCUUCUCCUCCUGGAUUUGGACAUUUCCCCCUCCCUGAUUGGCUCUCCUGUGAAGCUGCAGGUUGAUUGGACGAUCCUCAGUUCAAGGACGUCUGAGGGGGUCCACCCCCGCCUCCUGACUUCCUGUUUACUUCCUGGAACUGAGCGAGCACUUCCUGUCCCAUCCUGACUGUCACCUGAGCAGCUGGAGGCCUCACCUGUCCUUCACCUGUCCUUCACCUGUCCUUCACUGCAGAUUCAGAGACUCCGACGCCCACCAUGACCUGCUGACAUCACCAGGACCCGCCCCCCUCCUCCCCCCCUCUCUCUCUCCUACAUAAUGGCUCCAGCCGAUUGGCUGCCGCCGUGGCAGUCGCCGCUGCUGCUGCUCGUCCUCACUUCCUGUUUCCUGUCUGAGACGGCCUCGACCACACCCUUCCCAAAAGACCUGGAGCCAAUCAAUGUGGUCAGCUCCGCGCAGUCAUUUCAGUUUCCAGGUUUUCAAGGUUUGCUCCAGGACAACGACACGCUGCGUCUGGGCCUGGACUUCCAGAGGAUGUUACGCAUCAACCACAUGCUGUACAUCGCUGCCAGGGAUCACGUGUUUGCGGUGAAUCUGACGACGGCGUCUGUGGACUUCAGGCCUCAGCUGAAGCUGACGUGGCGAUCCAAAGAUGUCAGCAAGUGUACCGUCAGAGGGAAGAACAGCGACGAGUGCUACAACUACGUCAAAGUGUUGGUGCCUCGAAACGACGAGACGCUGUUCGCCUGCGGGACCAACGCCUUCAACCCCACCUGCAGGAACUACAAGAUGACCUCGUUGGAGCAGGUCGGGGAGGAGGUGGUGGGUCAGGCUCGCUGUCCCUUCGAGUCCGUUCAGUCCAACGUGGGACUGUUCGCUGGUGGAGAUUUCUACUCGGCCACCAUGACGGACUUCCUGGCCAGCGACGCCGUCAUCUACAGGAGUCUGGGAGACGGGCGACCCGUCCUCAGGACCGUCAAGUACGACUCCAAGUGGCUCAGAGAGCCGCACUUCCUGCACGCCAUCGACUACGGAAACUACGUCUACUUCUUCCUCAGUGAGAUCGCAGUGGAGUACACCGCCCUGGGCAAGGUGGUGUUCUCUCGAGUGGCUCGUGUCUGUAAGAACGAUAACGGAGGUUCUCCCAGAGUUCUGGAGAGAUACUGGACCUCGUUCCUCAAGGCCCGUCUGAACUGUUCUGUUCCUGGAGACUCCUUCUUCUACUUCGACGUCCUUCAGUCUCUCACCAACGUGCUGCAGAUCAACCAGAGACCAGCUGUGGUCGGAGUCUUCACCACGCAGGCCAACAGCAUCCCCGGCUCGGCCGUCUGCGCCUUCUACAUGGACGACAUCGAGAAAGUCUUCAACGGGAAGUUCAAGGAGCAGCGGACCAGCGACUUGUCCUGGACUCCGGUGCCGGACGAGCAGGUUCCCAGACCGAGACCCGGCACCUGUGCAGGUGACGGUCCGGCUGCAGACUACAAGUCUUCGGUUCAGUUUCCAGACGAGACGCUGACGUUCAUCAAGUCGUAUCCUCUGAUGGACGAAGCCGUUCCCUCCGUCAACGACCGGCCCUGCUUCACCAGAACCUCCAGCAGGUCGAAGCUGACCCAGAUCGUGGUGGACGUCUCUGCCGGUCCCUACAAAGACCGGACCGUGAUGUUCCUGGGCUCAGACGACGGCAGGGUCCUGAAGGUUCUGGCGAGCACGCAUCCCAACGACAGCUUUGGAUCCAAACUGCUGGAGGACAUCGACGUCUACAACCCGUCCAAGUGUAACGUUCAGGGUCAGGAGGACCGGAGGGUUCUGGGUCUGGAGCUGGAUAAAGACCAUCACGCUCUGUUCGUGGCGUUCAGCAGCUGCGUGAUCAGAGUCCCGCUGAGCCGCUGCACGCAGCACGGAGCCUGUAAGAAAGCGUGCCUGGCCUCUCGUGACCCAUACUGCAUCUGGCUGCGGACCGGGAGUUGUGCCAACAUGGCGCCAGGUUUCAAGGCGGGGUUUGAGCAGGAUAUCGAGGGCGACCACUCGUUUCAGCCUGACAGCUGUCACGCUGACGUGUCGGCGACCACGCGGCACCACGACGCUGCAUCUGACUCCGCCUACGGUGUCCGCCGUCUCCCCGAGAUGGACCAGCGAGCCAAUGCUAACGUCCACUACACGCUGCUCAUCGCCUGCGUCCUCGUGGCGUUCUUCCUGGGCGCCAUCUUGUCGGGUUUCCUGGUGUCGUGUUACUGCAGCCGCAGCGCCGCUCAGCGGGCGAGGAGGCUGGGGAAGGACCCCGAGGCGUCGCUGCCGCACGCCUUGUCACUGCGAUCCCUCGCCAAGCUCAACGGGCUGCUGGACGGACAGCCGAAGGAGGACAAACUGGACGUGUCCACUCCGAAGAUGUACAGCUCUUUCAUCCCCAACGGACGCUCGGAGCCUCACCUCCACAGCCCCGCCCACCAGGGCCUCCCGCUGGGAGACCCCGAGCUCAGCCUGUCCCAGUCUCUGUCUCAGGGGGAUGGCGAGCUGUCCGGCCUGCCCACGCCCGACUCCACCCCGGAGCUUCCCAUCAAGAACAUGAAGGCGCUGCGGCACCAUCAGUACGAGAAGAACCAGAACUGCAACAACGCCAAGGACAACAACCCUCCCGGGCCCAGCUGCUCCGGGUCCAGUCUGGGUUUCAUGGCGGUGGUCGGGAACUCUUUGACCCAGCAGGUGUUUCCCUUCUCUCAUCACCACAGCAACAGUUUCAGCAACGGAGCAGCUCAUGGAGCAGGUGCUUCCUCGACCUCCCUGCACCUGCCUGAGGAGAGGAAGAUCUCCAACGAUGAGCGAGUGAUGGCAGCAGCAGGAGGAGGAGGAGGAGGAGGAGGAGCAGUCCCUCUUCAUCACCACUCCCAGCAGUCCCUCCCACAGUCCGUGGUGGACGUGUCGGCGCUGGACGAGCUGCUCAAACACAUCCACGAGGUCAGCGCGUCGGGGACCGGAGGCAUCAAGGUCCUCACCUCCACCUCCUCGUCCUCCCUGUUCCCCUCCUCCUCCACUGGAGGACAUAAUCAUCAUCACCAUCACCAUCAUAAUCCCCCCGGCCAGACCCGCACCCACCACUACAACCACAGCCAUCACCAUAGCAACCACCACAACAACAACAGCAGCGGCGGCGGCGGCGGUGGAGGUCACCAUCACCAGCAGAAGAUCCCCGAGACGGAGUCGGCUUCAUACUACAGCACCUCCACCCUGCCGAGGGACGGCCUCCCCAAGCGCCUGGAUGCCCCGGUCCAAAACUCCACCUCCUCCUCUGCCACCUCCUCUUCUUCCUCCUCUUCAUCAUCCAACAACCCCACCUCCUCCACCUCCAUCCCUUCUUCCUCCUCUUCCUCCUCCUCCACCCCGCUCCAGCAGCAGGUGAUUCCAGAGAGACCCGGAGGAAGCAGCGUCUCUGUGACACGACAUCACUCCCAGCGCCACUCCCUCAUCAAGAUGGGCAGCAGCGGCGGGGGUGGUGGAGGUGGUGGGGGCGGGGCUGUGCCACGCCACCACAGCUUCAACCAACGGGGGGCGCAGCACGCACACUUCCUAGCCAGGAUGAACACCAACAGCAGCAGCAACGGCCCCCCGCCCGCGAGCGGGGCGGCUAACAUGAACACCAGCAGCGAGAGCCAGCGGCCGUCAGUCGCCAGCUCCUGCCUGACGCGGCAGCACAGUUACAGCGAGGGACCGCACAUGCAGCGGGCGGCCAUCGUCCGGAGAACGGCGUCGCUCAAACCCCAAGUCCCGCCAAAACCGCUGUUCCUUCCAAACACGGCGACGUCACCGGUAGCAGAAGCAGGAAAAUACAAAUACUGAGAAGGUCGCAGGAAGUGGCGCCAAUCCAACAUGGCUGCUACAGUCGUCAACAAGUAAAGCUCCGACAUGUCUGCAGGGCUCGUGAGAAACAAAAGGAGACCACUGAUGAGACGAGAAGACAAAAGAGACUUCAGAGCUUCUUGUCUCCAUCAGUCCUCAUUACGAGCCUUCAGUUGUGGUUAUUUUCCUGCGUCCGUCGCCGCUCUGAGUCACGGCGGCUGUGCUGAGAGUCCGACACUCUGAGGAUCUGCAAACAAACAAGAUCUCUGACUCAUGGCCGCGGGCAGGCGGGGACGCUCGUGGCGACUUUCCCCUCACGACAGACUGCGGAUCAGAACCGGCUCAGUCGAGUCUGAGAAACAUUCCAAAGGAGGGCGAGCGAUGCUAAUGAUUCAGAGAGAGUCCCCGAGGCUCGAGGUGGCCUCAAAAAUUCUUGAUUAAAGCAGUUUUCUUACGAGCGCUUUGAUCUGAUGUCCCGGUUGUUGCACUUUGGCACGGAGCCAGAUUUCAUGUGCAAAGAUUCAAAAAAGCAGGAAAUCGGACCGCAGCAGAUCCGAGCAGCUCGGAGCCACGGACGCUUCUGCAGGACUCCGAGUCGAGCGACGGCAUUUCUUCCCACAGGAGACAUAAAAGACGGAGCGGAUAAUGUCAGAAACACCCAGAGGGAGCGUCUGCUGGCCCUCUGAAUCCCGUCCAGGAAACUGAAGUUGAGACGCGGUUCACUCCUUUCUGUGGAAAAAAGGAGAAAAUGACGACAAUGAGGUUUUUGUUCUCACAUCAGAAGCUUCACGAUGACAUUCGAUAGAUGCAGAUUUUUGUAAACCAACACAUCAGCAGCACUUUGAGCAGCGUGAGAAGAAAAAGACGGUUUUACUUCAUGAACUGAAACGGAGCAGCCAUCACUGACGGCGCCGUCUCUCCACAGAACCAGACAGAACCAGAUGAAUGUUCUCUUUGUACCAUAUUGGUAUCUGAAACACAAACAAAGCAUUCACUGAGCAGCGGCUGUGUUUUUGUCCCAGGAGGCGUUCGAGGGAAGAUUUCUGAUCAUUUAUUCCCUCAAAUGAAAAAUUCAUGCUCUCAAUACACUUAAUACUUCUUCAAUUUUGUAAUUUGUAUGUUCAAAAUUAUUUCAUUAAUUCUCUUGAAUUAAUAAUCUCCCUCGAACGACUUGAUGUGCCGCCCUCCUUCUCCUUUCUGCAUCCGUCUUUAUCUACGAAGAGCUCGACUGAAACCUCAGAGCUGAAUGUUGACGAGCCGACAUCUGCAGGAUCCAUAAAAUAUGUCGGAGUGGUGUCGAAGAAGUGAGACUGUAAUAACGCCGACGGUCCGCUGUGAGUUUCAGGGUAUUAAUUAAGACAUUUGAGGGAAACGUUAAUCAAAAGUGUUUCCUGGUCGCUCACUGAGCUCCGAUGCAGCUCGCAGAAUUAAAUGUAGAACAAAGUUCGGCCCAAACUACAAAAAAGUCUUUUAUCAUUUUAACCUCGAGUGCAGCGUUUCCCAAACCGGCUGUUGGUUCAGGAGAGAAGCAGCGUUUUGGAUUUCUGCUGAUAUUUCCCAGCUGGUUCUGACUGACGACUCAAAUCAGAACAAACAUCAUCGACACGUUAUGUUCAGGACGUGAUGAAAAGACGACCCGAACAGAAACGGGUCACAUGGUCCGGUCCGGUCCGUUCAGAUGUACUGACGUAUUAAAAACACAAACUGAGGCAGCUGAAAACUCCUGAGGUUCUGUUUUUAUCUGGACCGGACCAGAGCAGAUGUUCAGUCACUGUGUCGUAAAAUCAUCAUGAUAACGAACAUGAAUGUCAGCAGGUCACGACUCGUGAUGUCACGUCCGGCUCUCUGAUUGGUUGAUCUCGUCACUGUGAAGGAGCAAAAAAAAUAAUCAACCUCAUUCCGAAAAGAUUUAUUUUGCUGCGUAACAUUCACCAAAAUAAGAAAACUACGUUAUUAACAUAUCAAAUGUUUUCACGUUGAAGCUUCUUUCACUUCAUCAAAAGUGAAAUUUUCUGCAGUCUUAUGUUGCUUUUUCAUAAAGACAAGAAAUAAUAAGCAAUAAACAUGAAACGUGUCGUCGUAGAGCUACAGACUCGUGUUGACGUGUCGGCGCCGUCAGCACAUCAGAACACUGAGAAUGGGCUCAGGGAGCCGACCCGGUUCAGAUCUGUUUUGGGAAGCGCUGCUCUCGAGUUCUGUUUUCACGUGGAGACAGAAACAGUCUGAUAGUUUGGAUCUGCUGCCACGUGAUGAUGUUCUGGUCCAGUUAAACCAGUGUGUGUUGUUUUCUGUCGCUCCUCUGUUAAAUUUCAGCAUUUUUGUUUGUGAGAAUUCAAACAGUUUGAACAAAUAAAGCCAGAUCGAUCUGCGUGGAUAGAAGCACCACGGCAGAGGAAGAACUCUGUCGAUACUGGAGGUGAUCCGGGUGGACGGUUUGCAGACUCUCCGGUGGUUCUGUCGGCUGUCAGUGGGAGUGUUUCUGCACAGACGGGCUAAAAAUACCUGCCUGUGAGCAGAACCUGCUGCUUCCUGUUUUACCUCUCAGAGUCUGUCAGCGGUCAGGAGGAGUUUCUCCCGUUCGGGCGCUCGGACUGAAAGAGAAACCAAACGAGUGCAGAGGUGGAAGGUUAACAGUACACAGGCUGAGGCAGUGCAGUCCAGUAACAAACAGCAAUAAGAGUUUCUGACCGGGACAGAAUAUCUGUAAAUAAACCAGGAGCUGAAAGACUGAAGGUGAGUCAACCUCGUCUCCAAACCAGCCAGCUGAGGAAGACCAGGAGACGCGGCUGAAAGCCCGGGGAGGCUAGUUAGUGGGCGUUAGGCUGAGAUUUGUUGGUUCAAACUGCAACAUCACAUGUGAAACACCAGCGUGUUCCGUUAACGAACAAGGUAACAUUACAAAUUAACAGUUGAGUCAGUUAUUAAACUCCGAUCCGACCCGAUCCGACCCGAUCCGACCCGAUCCGACCGGCACACAGAUGAAGCAAUAACGAGGCGACAGUGAUGCUGCAGCAGAGUGUCAGUGAAGUAUCCUCGUCUGCUGGAGCGGCCGAGCUGCCUCUGCACCAAAUGAUGCAACUCUGAGUGAGAGGAGGAGAGAGGAGAGGAGGAGAGAGGAGAGGAGAGAGGAGAGGAGAGGAGGAGAGAGGAGAGGAGGAGAGGAGAGAGGAGA